AUGGUGGUGGUGUCACCGUGCUGUGCCGAGACAAAUGGAGCACGUGCCCGAGACCGCACUCCACAGCACAAAUCGGCGGCUUCAACACCGUUGACUCCACAGCCGCCACAACUGCCACUGCUUCCCCCACAACCUCCACCUGCUCAAAGUGCCUCAGGUCCUGUGCCUUUCCCAGUGGCAUGGCCUCGCUACUCUGGUAGUGUUGUGGCGGGUACGUGUAAUCUCGCCGGUUACGAUCUGUUCUCACCCUGGGAUGACCAUCCACCGCCUAAUGCCACUGUAUCGGUACCAGUCCCCAACCCAGCUCCUCCCCAUGUUCCUAUCCCUACCCCUGCUCCUGCCAAACCAACACCACCAGCAGUGAAGCCGCCACAACCACCUCCGUUGCCAACUCCACCACUGCCGGAUAAAAAAAAAGAUCUUCCGAGUUACUUUUUCUAUGGCCCACAGCGCAACAAGCCACGUGGUUACCGGGUUAAUGGUGGUUCAGGUGUCUCCUCUGCUGGUGGUGUAAUAAGAUAUGCCAGACGCAGUCUAGCUUCUGUCACCGAGCCAGCUGCAAAGGCGUUCUCAGCACCCGCAGCUCCUGCAAGUGGUCCUCGCUGGCGUGCAGAUGCUGCUGUUGUGGGUUACGGUGGUAGUGCUGGACGUUGUCAGUCUACCUGA